GCAUUAUAUCAAGCAAGCAGACUAGGAGCAGGCCGUUGCAGACGCACAAAGACCAGUGCACUAUCGGUCCCUCGCGUCACUAAAAAGCGUAUAUGCCAUGCGUCGCUUUGCAGCAUCGUCGUGCUGCCGUCAGGCGCUACUCCAUCAACAAGCCGCCUCUGCUUCCACCUCCGCCUCGAGUCCUGCCGCAUACAGCCGGCUGACUGGGCAAUGGCGUGCGGUGUCGACGAUAGCAACGGCAGAAGCAGGAGCUGCAAGAGCAUCAUCAGCCUAUCUGCUACCGUCAAGCAGGCCUUGGCCUGCCGCAGCAUCAGCAUGGAGGCCGCCGCAACAGCAUCGGCAGGCCCGCUUUCUCUCCACCUCUUCUGCAUCGUCUGCAACACCUUCGUCUGAUGUGGGCCCGGAGGGAAUCAGCGCUGCAGCCUCCUCCGAAUCAGCACCAGGGGCAACGGAGCCAGUCUCAAGUACAGACACAGCUGCGUCUCCUGAGCAGCAGCAAGAGCGCAAACCAUGGUCUCCCACCUCGCAGCGCGUAGGGCUUAUAGGUAUCAAAAUGGGCAUGAUCUCCUACUUUCUCCCGUCAGGAAUUUGCGUUCCCGCCGCGGUAGUGCAGGUGCAGCACAACCAGGUGAUGCAGCAAAUCUCCUUCGACCCCGUCGCGCACGCGCACAAGAAGGGUACGACGCCCUCGGCUAUCCGCGGCGCCUCCAUCCAGCCCUACCUUGCCCUGCAGGUCUUCUCCGGCGCGUCCAGCCCAGAGGAGGCGCGCAGGUCGCGCAACAGGAUCAAAGGGACGCUUAAGGAGUUCCGCGUGACUCCCGACGCGCUUGUGCCCCCCAAGACGCAGCUGUCCGUCUUGCACUUUGUGCCUGGUCAGCAGGUCGAUGUGCAGGGCACGACGAAAGGGAAAGGGUUUCAGGGCGCCAUGAAGAGGCACGGAUUCAAAGGUCUUAGGGCUAGCCAUGGUGUCUCGAUCAGUCACCGUAGCCAUGGUAGCACGGGUCAGCACCAAGAUCCGGGCAGGGUCUUUCCAGGCAAGAAAAUGGCCGGCAGGAUGGGCGGCCGCGGCUCCACGCUGCACAAUCUGACGGUGCUGCGCAUCGACACGUCCAAGUCGCUCAUCUUUCUCAAAGGCAACAUCCCCGGACCCAAUGGCUCCGAAGUCUACUUGACCGAUGCCAAGCGCUCGCUGAUCGGCAAGGCACGCAAUGCGGUCAACAAAGGCAAGCUGAGGGAUGGCUCACUGGCCAAAGGCGACGAGAAUGGUUCUGCGUACCUACCCGACGGCAUCGAGGAUCUACCGUUCCCCGCCGCCACCAAGGAGAUGGAGAAGGAUAUGCCGGCUGUCGUUGAAGUCACGCAGCUAUAGCUUUUCUUUGCGCCUUCAGCGGCUACGCGCGGAUGCAUAUAAGCACACGGAAAGAAAAGGGAAAAGACUCUUGACCACCCGCGUGUUGUAUUCCGACUGCCUUUGGUGCGGAGCGCAGCAACCAGUACGCUAUGCUCUCAUAUUUUGCUCUAUCGCUGUGGGAAUACAAUUGCUGCAAUGUGAUACCGGACGGC